GGGGGGGGGGGGUCGACCUUUUCCUUGCACGAUUCUAUUUAUUUUCCGCUGGAAGGUGGAGCUUUUUUUCCUCCCCCGGUCUCCGGCUCCGCCGCUGGCCUGAGAGACUGGGAGGAAGAUGAUGUGCGAGGUGAUGCCCACCAUCAGCGAGGACACCCUCAGCCAGAGGGGCUCCCAGAGCAGCUCGGAGGACUCCAAUUUCGAGCAGCUGAUGGUCAACAUGCUGGACGAACGCGACCGGCUGCUCGACACCCUCCGGGAGACCCAGGAGAGCCUGGCGCUAGCACAGGGCAAACUCCAGGAUGUCAUCUACGAUAGGGACUCUCUGCAGCGCCAGCUCAACUCUGCAUUGCCCCAGGAGUUUGCUGCAUUGACAAAAGAGCUAAAUGCAUGCAGAGAACAACUGCUGGAAAAAGAAGAGGAAAUUUCUGAACUCAAAGCUGAGAGAAAUAACACAAGACUUUUGUUGGAACAUUUGGAAUGUCUUGUGUCGAGGCAUGAGCGAUCACUGAGAAUGACUGUGGUGAAACGGCAGGCACAGUCUCCUUCAGGAGUGUCCAGUGAAGUUGAGGUUUUGAAGGCACUAAAGUCACUUUUUGAACACCAUAAAGCUUUAGAUGAGAAGGUGAGGGAACGUCUACGAAUUGCAUUGGAGAGAGUAUCCACACUGGAAGAGGAAUUGACUGCUGCUAACCAAGAGAUAGCACUACAGCAAGAGCAAAAGGCACACUUUCAGAAGAAUGAAGAAUCUGCAGAAUCUGAGCUUCCAGAGGGAGCAGAGCCAGGUCAGAGGCUUCAUGGAAAGCGCCUUUCCAAUGGUUCAGUUGACACCAAUGAUGAAAUGAAUCAAGUUAUGGAACUGCAGGACUUACUGGAGAAACAGAAUUUUGAAAUGACACAGACAAAAGAGGGUCUAGCAGCGUUAUCUGGUCAGUUUGCUGAUGUGGAACAGGAUCUAGAAACAGCCAGAAAAGAUCUGAUUAAAUCAGAAGAAAUGAGUACUAAAUAUCAGAGGGAUAUUAGAGAGGUAAUCGCUCAGAAAGAAGAUAUGGAAGAAAGGAUAACUACGUUGGAGAAGCGGUACCUUAAUGUACAGAGGGAAUCAACCUCAGUACAUGACAUAAACGACAAACUGGAAAACGAGUUGGCAAAUAAGGACGACUUCUUUCGCCAGCUCGAAGAGAAAAAUAGACAGUUACAGGAACGUUUGGAACUUGCUGAACAGAAGCUACAGCAAACAAUGAAGCGAGCAGAAACAUUGCCAGAAUUAGAAGCCGAACUUGCCCAGCGAAUUACAGCCCUAACAAAGGCUGAAGAGAGGCAUGGCAGCAUAGAAGAACGUUUGAGACAUUUAGAAACUCAGCUUGAAGAAAAGAAUCAGGAACUGCAAAGGGCUCGACAAAGAGAGAAAAUGAACGAAGAGCACAAUAAGCGACUGUCAGACACGGUGGAUAGAUUGUUGACAGAGUCGAAUGAGCGACUUCAGCUACAUCUAAAGGAAAGAAUGGCCGCAUUAGAGGAUAAGAACAUACUGAUACAAGAAUCUGAACUCUUAAGAAAACAACUAGAAGAGUCUCUUCAUGAUAAGGAGCAAUUAGCUGAAGAAGUAGAAAAAUUACAUGCAGAGGUUCAACAAAUGAAAAUGCAGUCAGUUUCUUUAUUGGACUCAACCAUGUCCAGGCCACAUUUGGAUCCCUCACCUGAGAAACGGUAUUCCAUGGGCUCAUUGAUAGAUAGCCAGUCUGACCAUUUUAGGUCUUCCAAUUUGCUAAGGAGGUCACAGAGAGGGCGUUCAUUGGGCCGCAGAGAAGAACCAAAGAUACAGACACUUGGUGACAAUGAAUGGAGCAGAACUCAGCAGAUUGGUAUGCUGAGCAGCCAUCAGUUUGAAAGUGACACUGAAAUGUCUGACAUUGAUGAUGAUGACAGAGAAACAAUAUUUAGUUCCAUGGAUCUUCUUUCACCUAGUGGACAUUCUGAUGCUCAGACGCUUGCCAUGAUGUUACAAGAGCAGCUUGAUGCUAUUAACAAUGAAAUAAGGUUAAUCCAGGAAGAGAAGGAGUCAACUGAACUUCGUGCUGAGGAAAUUGAGAAUCGAGUGGGUAGUGUUAGCCUUGAAGGUCUAAAUUUGGCCAGAAUGCAUCCAGGGAGAUCUAUUACAGGCUCGGUUACUGCGUCUUCAUUAGCCAGUUCCUCCCCUCCGAUAAGUGGGCACUCAACACCAAAAUUCCGAGCACGUAGCCCUGCCAGGGACAUGGAUCGUAUGGGCAUCAUGACACUGCCUAGUGAUCUAAGGAAGCAUCGGAGAAAGAUUGCAGCUGUGCAGGAAGAUGGUCACGAAGAUAAAGCUACGAUAAAAUGUGAAACAUCACCUCCAUCAUCGCCAAGACCACUCAGAAUGACUCAUACCCUCCCAUCCUAUCAUGAUGAUAUGCGAAGUUUUUCAGCAUCAAUAGAAGCAGAAAUGGGCAAUUAUAGUAGUACAAGUAGCCAGGACUCACUCCAUAAAGGACAAAAGAAGAAAGGAAUCAAAUCCUCAAUAGGCCGCUUAUUUGGAAAGAGAGAGAAAGGGCGCCUAGGACAUCUUGCCAAAGACCAUUUGGCUUCAGUACAAGCAGGUAUAUUUGAUGCAGAAAUGAGUAAUCAAGAUUCCCUUGGAUUGGGCAAAUUAGGAACACAAGCAGAAAAAGACAGAAGAUUGAAGAAAAAGCAUGAAUUAUUAGAAGAAGCCCGGAGAAAAGGUUUGCCAUUUGCACAGUGGGAUGGACCAACAGUAGUAGCAUGGCUUGAGCUGUGGCUUGGAAUGCCUGCUUGGUACGUGGCUGCUUGCCGGGCAAACGUGAAGAGUGGAGCCAUUAUGUCGGCCUUGUCUGAUACUGAGAUUCAAAGGGAAAUAGGAAUCAGCAACCCUCUUCACCGGUUGAAACUCAGACUAGCGAUUCAAGAAAUGGUAUCACUAACAAGUCCAUCAGCACCUCCAACAUCAAGAACACCCUCAGGAAAUGUCUGGGUGACUCAUGAGGAAAUGGAAAAUUUAACAUCUGCUGCAAGAAUGGACUCUGAAGAAGGCAGUUGGGCUCAGACCUUGGCUUAUGGUGACAUGAAUCACGAAUGGAUUGGUAAUGAAUGGCUUCCUAGUUUGGGAUUACCUCAGUACCGCAGUUAUUUCAUGGAGUGCCUGGUAGAUGCUAGAAUGCUGGAUCACCUGACAAAGAAAGAUCUCCGCAUUCCUUUAAAAAUGGUGGAUAGCUUUCAUAGAACAAGUUUACAGUAUGGUAUUAUGUGCUUGAAGCGUUUGAACUAUGACAGAAAAGAACUAGAAAAGAGGAGAGAACAAAGUCAGCAUGAAAUUAAAGAUGCAAUAGUAUGGAGCAAUGACCGCGUCAUCAGGUGGAUAUUGUCGAUUGGUCUUCGAGACUAUGCAAACAACCUCACGGAAAGUGGUGUCCAUGGAGCACUCCUUGCUUUGGAUGAAAACUUUAACUACAGCAGUUUGGCUUUAAUACUUCAAACAAAAAUUCCCACACAAAAUACACAGGCAAGACAAGUUCUUGAAAGGGAAUAUAACAACCUCCUUGCACUUGGUACAGAAAGAACUCUUGAUGAUACUAAUGAGAAAGAUUUUCAACGAGGGCCUUCCUGGAGAAAACAGUUCCCUCCACGUGAAGUUCAUGGAAUCAGCAUGAUGCCAGGAUCUUCUGAAACACUUCCAGCAGGUUUCAGAUUAACAACAACGUCCACAAAAAGAGCUUCUGAUGUUGCCUCAUCAGGAAUGCAAAGAAUAGACAAUUCCACCAUCCGGACUUACUCUUGCUGACAUCCAGAGAAAUUAUACAACAAUGUCAUGUGCAUUUGGCCAAUACCUGUAUGCAAAAAUUUCCAUUGGCUUUGAAGACUGACGAUACCAACAGCAAUUUGCCAGUUAAAUGAAUUGAUAUUGCUAAAAGUACAUUCUCAAAGUGCAACAAUGUUUUUGUAAAGAAUUUAGCUUAUGGGCGGUGAUGAUUUAUAGAUGUCAUUUUAUUAUAUUUCACUAUCAACUGAGUUGAUAUUAUUCAGUAAAUGUUUGACAGAAAAGUACCGCGCUCACUGUUUUCAAACAUCAGUGUAAGAAUGGACAAGUAUUAGCACCAUUUUAUCAUAUCAUUUGUUCUUGACUCAUGGUUUACAAAAUUGUCGUGUAUAAUAUUGGCUGAACAUAUGUAUUGUGUACGGAUUUCUUUAUAUAUAUGUAUGUUGUAUGUAAAUGUAUAUAAAUAUUUUAUAAAAGAGCAAAAGUACUGCACAGAAUUUACAUGUGGUUUUAAUCAGAACACACUCAUUGUCAAAUAAUUCUUCUGUUUGUCAUAGAGUCGUACAACACGGAAACAGGCCCUUUAGCCCAAUUCAUCCGUGCCACCCAAGAUGCCCAUCUACGCUAGUUCCAUUUGCCCACAUAGGACUCGUAUCCCUCUCAAACUUUCCAAUCAAUGUACCUCAUCUUGUUUAUAUCUCAUCACCUGCCAUAGACUUUGUGAUAUUUAAUACACAAAAAACAUUUUUACAAAGAUUUACUAAAACAAUGCAAUUUGGACUGUAAUUUCAGUAAUAUUCCUAACUUUCUAACAUGCAGUUGAAGCUGGAAUCCUGCCAUAAUCAGAUGUUAAAUAUCUGACAACACUACAUUGCAGAAUACAUUUUCCUCUGGGCCUUCAUAAGGUGAUGAGACUGUACUGAGAUGACAAAUAAGCAUUGCAAUCAUUCUGCUAAACUGCUAAUCUAAAAUACCUUAUUCCUGGAACCUAUUCUGCAACCCACUACUAAUUUGACUUGUGGACCAAGUUUUACUUUGUAGCCUUUGUCAGAAUUGUGCUAUUAUGAUCUCAAAAUGUGAACCAAAAUUUUACAAACUGGUAUGUUUGGUGUUACCAUUUGUUUCUGACAAAUCUUCUGUCUUAAUAACUUGGCAUUUGUUGAACUCUCAGCUUACCUGCAAGCUACUGCCAAGCUUGCCUUGUAAAGACUUUAUACUGUUAAAUUCACUUUAUUAGAAGAAAUAACUGAAAGACAGAAGGUUAUGCAAAAUUAAAUAUACACAAUAUUAGUCAUUUCAUCAGAUUUAUUGCCUGCAGUAGUAUUAUUUGUCCUCAUAUUGUUACUCUUUGAUUGUAGACAUUUGGAGAAAAUAGUGAUGGCUUUAAUAUUCUGGUUGCAAGCUCCAGCUGCUUUGACCUCAGCUUUCUGAACUGUCUUUUAGUUAUUUCCCUUUGCAUUUCUUUUGCUAUGUU